UUCUAAGAUGUGCUUUUUGCACGUCUCGUGCGCAUAGAAAAACGUGUACUUUGCCAGAAAUAUGGCUGUCUACUUCGCCCUUCUGUUGUUUUGUGCCGCUGUCACAAAAGCCUUGAAGCCGGCAGAGUACCCUUAUCUUUCAGGCAAGGAGGAGCAAGCCCUCAGAGCACAGCGCUGUUCAACGGACCACGAGUGCAGUGAUGGACGGAUAUGUGUUCCUCACCAUGACGUGACAAUUGCUUGCAGGAACGCCAGCUUCUGCGUCAGAGCGGAAGAGAACAACUGCGACUGUCUCAUCGAUUUCACCUGCCGAAAGAUGAACUGCAACAAGACGAAAUUUGAAUGCGUAAAACUGAAGAAUCUGGAGACACGCUGCCAUUCCUACAGGGGUCCAUACUGUAGCCAAGAUGAGAUCUGUGCAUAUGAGAAGACCCAACUCAAGUGUAUUCUCAACUGCCCCUGCUACGGCCAAUACAGGGCAGUGUGCACUCGCAAACUGGACAAGGAGCCGUGUAAUGAUGGGAGUGUCGCCGUCGUCACACCUGGUGUUCCCGGAUACGUGUGCGGUCACUGCCUCUCCGAAUCCGAGGUGCUCACAGCUGAACGCGGUCACUGACUCAACGGCUGGAAGACUUCUCCUUGGGUGGCGGUCAUAUACAAUACUGUGCAGCAAUAAUUAUUUUGCAAAUCUGCCCAGCCUUCAGAAGAAAAGCGUUUUGUAUCGUUAUGGAGCACUGAUUAUGCCGUUCAUACAAGCCGGUAUUCGGUUACCCUAACUAGUUCCUGUACUCGAACUCUAAACUUUCGUUAUUAAUGGCACUAUCAAGCGAACAUAAAACAAUUAUGACAAAUGUGGAAGUGACCUUGUACAGCCAACUGUACGACACAAAUCCUACCACAUGCGUGCACCAUAUAGUUAAUCUAUUGCAUGAAAGAACAACAUAUUAAAGGAAAGGUGUUUCAGUGAACUACGUGUUAGUACGACUGUAUUGGAAAAGUUACAAUAUUUUUUCCGGAAAUGCAUGUUCUUGUUAGAAAUAGCAUCUGGUUGUGAAUGAUUGCCAUGUAGAAUUCUGCCAUUGAAUGUUAUGCACACCAUGUUAAGCCAUUUUAGACUUUCUGCCAUCAUGUCGGUUUUGUAAAAAAGAAUGCGAUUAUGAUCGGGUGCAUACAGGAACAGUUGUCAUGUGAAAUAAA